GUAGCAACCUCGCGUCUUCACAUUUGAUUCUAAUUUUGCCUCCAGUUCCAACACUGCACUGCACACUGUAAGCAUCGAUAUAGUCGAGUCGUACGAGUGUUACCUUGUACGCACGACACGGGCAACAGCACGCUGCAACGACGAAUCUCAUUCACUGCUCUCGGACUGGACAUAACUACUCGACCUAAACAUUUCCGGCAGCACAACUACUUUACAAACAUGGCCAACAGGUUGGACACCGCGACUAUGGCCUCUCCUCCUUCCAUCGCGCAAGCUAAAGGUGGAAACAGAGGCGCUCCAGUCGCACCCAGCGGUAACCUGAUCAAGAGGCUGCAAUCAGAGCUCAUGGCAUUGAUGACCUCUCCGACGCCUGGCCUAUCCGCUUUUCCAUCCUCAGACAUGACAUUCUGGAACGCGACGAUCGCAGGUCCCACGGGCACACCCUACGAGAACCUCACGCUCAAGCUGACCCUCUCCUACCCGGCGAACUAUCCGUACUCACCCCCAGAGGUGCUCUUCAAGACUCCCAUCUACCACCCGAACGUAGACUUCAGCGGACGCAUCUGCUUGGAUAUUCUGAAACAAGGCGGGCAGGAUUCAGAAGGAGCGUGGAGCGCAGUACUGAACACCAGUAGUGUGCUAUUGAGCAUUCAAAGUCUGCUAGGGGAGCCAAACAACUCAUCACCACUCAACGGCGAGGCGGCGUCACUCUGGGACACGGACAUGGAAGAGUUCAAGAGGAAGGUGGUUGCUAGGCACCGAGACAUCUCUGAUGAUGCAGCUUAGAAGCAGAAGAACGGCUUCUAGCUAGCAUUCUGGCGCGUUAUUGCAUUGUCUCGUAUUGUUCAGCGGAAAUCGCCUUAGCAGGCCUGGCGUUGCAUUGAGUUCGGUUGCAUAAGGGCAGGAAGAUAGCCCAUGGUCGGAGCUCGAGGAUACCCAGAUGUGUAGGAUAGGCGGCACAGGAAGGACACGAUUUUUAUGAUCCUACGCAAUCGUCACGUUUUCGUGGUCCCCU